UCUGGAAGAGCAGUGUGUCUGUGUGUGUGUGUGUGAGAGAGAGAGAGAGAGAGAGAGAGAGAGAGAGAGAGAGAGAGAGAGAGAGAGAGAGAGAGAGAGAGAGAGAGAGAGAGAGAGAGAGAGGAGAGAGAGGGGAGAGAGAGAGAGAGGAGAGGCAUACUGUAGAUUAGCCUACUGCUGCUUUGACUGCUGCUCUACCAGAAACAGGGUGACAGUUGGGAAGAUAAUGCCCCAGAAUGUGGUCCUGGAUGGGCCAGCCCCCUGGGGCUUCAGGCUCAAUGGAGGGAAGGACUUCAACCAGCCCCUGACCAUCACCAGGGUGACGCCUGGCAGCAAAGCCUCGCUGGCCAACCUGUGCCCCGGUGACAUCAUCCUGGCCAUAGAGGGUGUGAGUACAGAGUGCAUGACUCACAGCGAGGCCCAGAACAAGAUCAAAGACCCUGCCUCCCAGCUCGGCCUCAAGAUUGAGAGGCCUGAGACCAAACUGUGGUCUCCCCAAGUCACAGAGGAUGGGAAAGCAAACCCAUUCAAGCUCAAUUUAGAGGCAGAACAGCAAGACCUGGGCUACUUUGAACACAAGUUUAACGUCAGGCCUAAGCUCUUCUUACCUGCAGGCCAAAGCGAGUGCCCUCCUCCGCAAGGCCUGAUGGGAAAUGGCCAUCAGACGGUGGUCACCCUCUCCCCCCCUGACCCUCCCCUGUCUGCUAACUCCGGCACAGACCAACCCCUGGCCCCCAGUGCUCAGUAUAACUCCCCCAUUAACCUGUACUCUGAGGCCAACGUCUCGGCCGCUCAACAGCUAGCUCAGAUCACCUCACUAGAGGAACAGGUCCCUCUAAGUGGUAAGACACUGUCCUCCAUCAAGGAGUCUCAUGUGUACCGGAUGCUCCAGGAUGACCAGGAUAGGCCACAUGAACCACGUCAGUCAGGCUCCUUUAAGGCUCUGCAGGAACACGUGGAGACUGAUGGAGCAAAGCCGUUGAUUACUAGAAGUGUAAGAGCUCCAGUGACAAAGCCUCCUACACCUGCGGGAUCGCUACAGAAACUACCCCUCUGUGACAAGUGUGGAAACGGCAUAGUAGGCACAGUGGUGAAGGCCAGAGAAAAGUUCCGCCACCCUGGAUGUUUUGUGUGCUCCGACUGCAAAGUCAACCUGAAGCAGAGGGGCUACUUCUUUGUGGAGGGGCAGCUGUACUGCGAGACCCAUGCCCGCGCCCGGACGAUACCUCCAGAGGGACACGAUGUCAUCACCGUUUACCCCACGGCUUGA